CAGCAUUUAACGAUGACAUGAUAGAAAAGCCACGACUGCAGUUACCAGCUGCAGCUGUAACUAUUCAAAGACUAGCUGUUUACGAAACUAAAUCCACUUUCUACAUCGUUGGAAAUGACAAUGAAAACUCUGUUUUUCGUCUUUUGAAGAUAAGUCGGUUGAACCCAAAGGAGCUGACCAUUGACCAUGAUGGUAAACAGUACAGUAAGUCUGAAAUGCAGACUAUACUAAAUGCAGUGGACGGUGAUCCCAAAAAGAAAGUAUCCAAGACGCCCCAGCUAAAGAAGUUGUUGAUGGCGUUUGGGUUGCUGGGUUUUGUGAAGUUCACACAAGGUUACUACAUGGUUCUUAUCACACGGAGAAGGAAAGUUGCUCAGAUUGGUGGGCAUAUUAUCUAUAAGAUAGAAGACAUAGCACUGACUGAACUGUCCCCGGAAAAAACUCAAUCGAACAACAGUGCCGAGGAAAACAGAUACAUCAAAUACUUUAACAGUCUCGACUUCUCAAGCAACUUCUAUUUCUGCUACACCCUGGAUAUUACAAGGACAAUACAGCAGAACAUGGUCCCUGUACCGGUGGGUUGUGGGUCCUGUACAGACAGCUCCUGUGAUCUGUGUUUGGUUGGAACGCGCUGUUAUUCUAACUUUAAUGAGAAGUUUGUGUGGAACAUGCACAUGCUUAGAGGUGGAGGGUAUAUAGACAAAGUGGCUCGAGAGUGGCUAGUUCCACUUGUCUACGGUUUUAUAAGCCAAUCAAACAUCUCGGUCUUUGGGAAGAGCAUCUACCUGACUCUUAUAGCUAGGCGAUCCUCUAAAUACGCUGGAACUCGCUUUUUAAAGAGAGGUAUGAACGAGUCAGGUGAUGUAGCAAAUGAGGUAGAGACAGAACAAGUGGUGCAUGAUGCUAGCUACACCAACCACAGGUUCCUAAAGAUAACAGCUUACGUACAGUUGAGAGGUUCAGUACCUGCUUUCUGGCAUCAGGAUACUAGCACCAUGGUCCCGAAGCCGCCGAUAGUGAUCAGCCGGUCAGACCCGUACUUCAGCAUUGCGGCGAUGCACUUCAACACGCUCAUGUCCCAGUACGGGAGUCCUAUCUACAUCUUCAACUUGGUGAAGAGUAAAGAGAAGAAGAACCACGAGAGACAGCUGACUCAGGUGCUGACUCAGACUGUUGGUUACCUCAACCAGUUCCUUCCAAUCAAACACAAGAUAAGGUACUGUGGGUUUGACAUGUCCAAGUACUCUAAAACUAAAGAUAAGAGACACAACGUGAUGGAGAAGCUGGAGGAGAUCGCCAAGAACACCUUCAAGAACACAGGAUUCUUCCACAAUGUCAACAUAGACUCUUACCCUGAUCAGAUAAGAGGUUUUUUGGACGGAGUGGGACAGGACAAGUAUGCAGAGACUGCUAAAGGGGCUUAUCAGACAGGAGCAGUAAGAACGAACUGUGUGGAUUGUCUUGACAGGACUAACACGGCUCAGUUUGUGUUGGGGAAGGUAGCACUGGGACAUCAGCUAAUGGUACUAGGAGUUAUUAUCUCACCGGAACUGGACGAUAACACUCCUUGUAUACACUCACUAGAAGAGAUAUAUGAGGAUCACGGGGACACAAUGGCUCUACAAUACGGGGGUUCACAGCUAGUUCACAGAAUACGAGGGUACCGCAAAGACAACCCCUGGACCUCUCACUCAUACGAUAUACUCAACACAGUGUCCCGUUAUUACCGCAACGCUUUUACAGACUACGAGAAACAGAACGCUAUCAACUUGUUCUUAGGUAUGUAUGAAGUGGGAAAGUCAGCAAUGUCUCUGUGGGACCUAACUUCAGACCACUACUUACACCACCUUCCUAAUCUGCACUCUUCCAAUCCUUACACUUCAUGGUGGGACCAGGGUGUCUGGGAGAGUUUGCCACUAGCCUCAACCAUAACGAGCUGGCACAAGACCCUGAGUGUAAUUGACACACAGUACAGAACGUUAAAAGAGAGUGAAGCUGAUAUGGAGCUAGUUGCACGUGAUGCCCAUAUAUGGAAUGAAGCUGACAUGGAGCUUCCUCUUAAGACAGUUACCAGCCACUUCUUUGACGAGCUGUACAGGCCGACAAUGCUGACCUCGUUCGAGGAGCAUUAUUGUCUUUUCAUGCCGUCUACUGCAAAGGAAGCUGGCCUCUGUUCUCCUUUUAGUCAAGUCCGACCUAAAGUGAUGUCAAGAAGUCUGAGUGUCCGAACAAAGCCAGUAUCAUCCUAUCUUAACAAACAGAACAAUACCGACUCUGACUCCACCAGCGACUCUGAUUUCUCUGAUGAAGAAGAGUCGUUGGGAGUUGUUAGUGAGACAGCAGAAACAGAAAGCUCGUCAAGUCCGACCCCCAACAUUCUGCCAGUUCUAAUAAUUCCGGCUCCAAAUCAUUACGAUAAGGAAUUGUACCGACAGUAUUCUGCUGACAGCACCUACUUGCAGCGGGGGCUAGGGAAUUUUAGUUUGUCGGCUCCGUCGUUGGUGCGCAAUGACUAUCGCAAAGCACGGAUACGCCCCGCACCUGUAGCAGACUCUUACAUCUCUCCCAACACUCGACUACUAUACGCCAAACAAACACGUGACAUCUCUUUAGCCAGUGAUACUGCGCAGUUCUAUUCCAAAUAUUGCUCCUUUGACACUAGCACUUUGGUCGCUUAGAGAAACCGCUACUUAUAGUUCAGUGAAACUAUAAAUUUCUAGAAAAUGUAGAGUAAAAUUGUGAUUUCUGUGAACAAUCCUUGGUCUUAGUGAAGCCUUGGAACCUUUGACCUUUCUUCAGAUAUUGAGCAAUAUAUCUUAAAACUUGGUAUGUAAUUUGAAAGCAGUAAUUGUCUGAUUCUGAAUAUAGUAGAGUGUUAUUCAUUUUAUUGGUAGAAACUUCAUUUAGUUUUUGAUUUUACUAUAUCUAAAGAAUUUAAGUUUAUCUAUUUAUUGGUUAAACUGCUGGCAGUUUUCACUCUUUGAAGGACACAAUAUACUGGUGUUUUAUUUGCCGCACAGAUCUUUUUAUUUCAGAUUUUUGUGAGUGACUUUGAUUUUUGUGUAAAUUUAUCCUGUAUUUAACAAUUUCUUGGAUUUAAUAUCGUGAUGAAA